UUCUCAAAACUUUCUAAUCUUAUUACAAAGUUAAUUAAGAACAAAAAGAAGAUAGAAGUAUAAGUAUUAGACAUUUUGCUCAAUUUUAUCUUCUACUUAAUGGCGGAUACGCAUCGCGUUGAUCGUACUGAUAGGCACUUGCAAUUUCAAUCACCAUAUGAAGGUGGCCGAGUUCAUCUUCAGUAUGAAGGUGGUGGCGGUUAUGGUCCCGGCGGUUACAAGAGCAUGAUGCCCGAAAGUGGCCCAACUACCACUCAAGUGUUAUCUCUUUUGGUGGGAGUCCCUGUCGUCGGUUCGCUGCUUGCCUUAGCCGGUUUACUUUUAGCUGGUUCAGUGAUCGGUUUGAUGGUCGCUUUACCGCUUUUCCUUCUCUUCAGCCCGGUUUUAGUCCCAGCGGCUCUAACCAUCGGGCUUGCGAUGACGGGCUUCUUGGCCUCGGGAAUGUUUGGUCUAACUGGACUUAGCUCGAUCUCGUGGGUCAUGAACUAUCUUCGUGGGACCAGAAAGAGUGUGCCUGAGCAAUUGGACUAUGCUAAGAGCAGAAUGGCUGAUGCGGUUGGCUACGCUGGACAGAAAGGCAAAGAAAUGGGCCAGUUUGUGAAGAAUAAGGCCCAAGAUGCUAAACAGUAUGAUAUUUCUUCCAAGACCCAUGAUACUACUAAGGGUCAUGAGACUACCCAGAAGACAGUAGUUUGAUGAGGUUCUGUUUCAGUGGUAGUUUAUCUAUCUGCAUUUUCAGGGUUUUUUUUUGUUUUUGGUUUUCUAAAAUCAAGAAUCGUGAUGUGUCUGUGUUUCUGUAAGCAUGAAGGAUCAUAAGUGUUUGUGGUAAUAUUUUGAAUGUUCAAGAGUUUCUCUAUUCUCUA